AUGGAGAAACUCAACACCCUAGGGGAAUGGCAUAAAAUCCUAGGACACUGCAAAGUGGCUGUGCAAAAAAAUGAAACAACUGGAAUGCACAUUUUGAAUAAAGAGAAGUUUGGCUGUAUCACAUGUGUUCUUGGUAAGAUCACACAGUAUAGAAAUAGAAAGACUGUCAAAAAGGAUAAACAGCCUUUGGAUUUAGUACACUGUGAUGUGAAACAUCACCCAUAUGGCAAUAUGAAAAGACUAAGAUGUGACCACGGAACAGAAUUUACAAAUCAGGAAUUCAGAAUACUUCCUAUAGAGAAUAAGAUUAAACAAGAGUUUUCUGCACCCUACUCUCCACAUCAAAAUGGAACAGCUGAGAGACCACACAAAUCAAUUAUUGACAAGGCUCAAUGUUUACCGAUUGAGUCCAAAUUACCUAAAGAUAUGUGGGGUUAUACUGUGAAUGCUGCUUGUUACAUCAGGAAUAGGAGUAAGGAAGGAAUAUUUGCAGGCUAUGAUAACCAGAGCCCAACUUACUUGAUUUACUUCCUAGAAUCUCUAAUAGUAAAGAAAAUUAGAUGUGAUAAGUUCAUGGAAAACUUCCCCAAUGUAGCUGAACCACCAAAGGAUGAGCAAUCCUCAGAUGAAAUGACAUCUUGGUGGAGACUAGACUUCAGCAAAAAUCACUUCAAGAAAAUCAAAACAAACCACCAGGUAACACAAGUGAAGAAAGAAGAUAUCCAACUCGAGAAAGACGUAAACCCUGAAGAUUAG